AGAGACCUCGUGAUAAUGCAGAGAGAGAGGAAGAGAGAGUGAAAUCACAAAACAGAACAAAACCCUGUCAUUGCUCUCUCUUCAGUCUUCACUCAUACACACUCUUCUGAUGGCAUUCCGCCGGAAAACUCCUUCUUCCGGCGUGGCACCAAAACGCUCUUCUCCUCGUAAAUAAUAUCCCAAUAUAGAAACGCACCACAUUAUUUUAUUCUCAAUCACUCUUCACAAAACACGCACCCCCGGCAAUGGCGCUGAUCUCUCGCAGCGUUACUAUUGUCUUUUUCCUCCUCGUGAUGGCGAGUUACCGGGUCAACUCGGAGCCAACUCAGGACAAACAAUCCCUCCUUGCUUUCAUCUCGAAAACAAAACACCAGAAUCGAAUCCAAUGGAACGCGUCCGACUCGGCCUGCAACUGGGUCGGGGUUCAAUGCGACUCGUCCAAUUCUUACGUGUACUCGCUCCGCCUGCCCGCCGUUGGACUAGUGGGGCCCAUCCCUCCCGACACCAUCGGCCGCCUCGCCAACCUCCGCGUUCUCAGCCUGCGCUCCAACGGCCUCACCGGCCAGAUCCCCUCCGAUUUCUCCAACCUCACCUUUCUCCGCGGCCUCUACCUCCAGAAGAAUGAGCUCUCCGGCGAGUUCCCUUCCUCCGCCACUCGCCUAACUCGCUUGACUCGCUUGGAUCUCUCCUCUAAUAACUUCACAGGCUCCAUUCCUUUCUCGGUCAACAACCUCACUCACCUCACUGGUCUCUUUCUCCAGAACAACAGCUUCUCCGGCACACUCCCCAGCAUAACCGCCAAAUUGAACGACUUCAACGUCUCCAACAACAAUCUCAACGGCUCCAUCCCCAAGACACUCGCAAAAUUCCCCAAAUCCUCUUUCGCCGGAAACAUAGAUCUUUGCGGCGGACCUUUACCGGCCUGCAGCCCGUUCUUCCCGGCGCCGGCGCCCUCGCCGGGGGAAAUUCCACCUGGAAAACCUGUUCACAAGAAGUCAAACAAACUAUCCACCGGCGCCAUUGUUGGAAUUAUCAUCGGCUCCGUCGUCGGCUUGCUGCUUCUGCUUCUUCUACUCUUCCUCUGUCUCAGAAAGAGGCAGCGGCGGCAACCUGCAAAACCUCCGAAACCGGUAGUUCCUGUUGCCGCACGUGGAGUACCGGCGGAGGCAGGAACUUCGUCGUCGAAGGAGGACAUAACGGGAGGAUCAGCGGAAGCAGAGAGGAACAAAUUGGUGUUCUUCGAGGGAGGAGUGUACAGCUUUGACUUGGAGGAUCUGCUUCGGGCGUCGGCGGAGGUUCUUGGAAAAGGGACCGUGGGUACGUCGUACAAGGCGGUGCUGGAGGAAGGGACGACGGUGGUUGUGAAGAGGCUGAAGGACGUAGUUGUUACUAAGAAAGAGUUCGAGAUGCAAAUGGAGGUUCUUGGGAAGAUCAAACACGAUAAUGUGGUUCCUCUCAGAGCUUUCUAUUACUCCAAAGAUGAGAAGUUGCUCGUUUACGAUUACAUGUCCGCCGGCAGCCUCUCUGCUCUUCUCCACGGGAGCAGAGGGUCUGGGAGAACACCGUUAGACUGGGACAACAGAAUGAAGAUUGCACUAGGAGCAGCAAGAGGCCUAGCAUGCCUCCACGUGUCAGGCAAAGUGGUCCACGGCAACAUCAAAUCCUCCAACAUCCUCCUACGCGGACCGGACCAUGAAGCUGCCGUUUCAGACUUCGGCCUCAACCCAUUGUUCGGAAACGGGGGCCCCUCGAACCGCGUGGCAGGCUACCGGGCUCCUGAGGUGGUAGAAACCCGAAAGGCAACCUUCAAGUCUGAUGUGUACAGCUUUGGAGUGUUUCUGUUGGAACUAUUAACAGGGAAGGCACCAAACCAAGCGUCGCUUGGGGAAGAAGGCAUCGAUCUCCCCCGGUGGGUGCAAUCGGUGGUCCGGGAGGAGUGGACGGCGGAGGUGUUCGAUGCGGAGCUGAUGAGGUUCCAUAACAUAGAGGAAGAGAUGGUUCAGUUGUUGCAGAUUGCAAUGGCUUGUGUGUCUGUUGUGCCGGACCAAAGGCCCAACAUGCAAGACGUGGUUCGCAUGAUUGAGGAGAUGAACCGUGGCGAGACCGAUGAGGGUUUGAGACAGUCGUCUGAUGAUCCUUCUAAAGGAUCGGAGGGUCAUACUCCACCCCAGGAGAGCAGAACCCCACCCAGAUCGGUCACACCGUAACUAAAACCAUUAUUCAAAGGAUGAAAAUAAAAAAAAGAAAAGAGAAGGUUGUUGAAAUUCAAAAAGAAAAAGGAGAGAAAAAGAGGAAAAGGACAAGAUAGGGUGGUGGGUCGCUCUUGAAAAUGUGCCAACGUGGUGGGUGCGUUACCCAAGUGAAUGAAUAAUGGCGCGCGCCCGCUCGCUUUAGUUCGCCUUUGGGUUCCGGUUCUAGGGUGGUCCGCUUGAUGUGUAUUUUUAUUUUUAUUUAAUUUUUUCUUCUUUCUUUUUACUUUUAUUAAUUUCAAUGAUUUUUAUAGGUGGGGUAACUGGGAGGGUUUGAAUUGUUCAUGAAGUGAAGGAGGAGGUUGCAUGAACUGAUUGAGAUUUGACCAUUUCAUGAAUUUCCCUUUGGCAUUUUACACUUUUUUUUUUCUUCCUAGUAUCAAUUCUUUACUAGUUUUUUUUUCGGUCUUGUAAAAUGAAGGCAUAUAUUUCCCAUUUGGCAUGA